GGCAAACGGAUAAAUAUGGGGAAUACUAAUACUCAAACAGAAAUGUUCAAUGAUGACUCAGAAGUUACAGGCACAGAGUACUUUCAUGACUUCAAUCCUGACCCGAACGGCGAGGUUGUUCAGAUUUUGAAACAAGAUGAGGACAACAAGUUAGUGCUGGAUCAAAAUGCUUUGGUUGGAAUGCUGCGGCACCCAAGCAUUGGGAAUAGACCUGUUUCCAUCAUUACAAUUGCAGGCCCAUUCAGAACAGGAAAGUCAUUCAUGAUGAAUUUUUUUCUGAGAUAUCUUCGAAACAAAGGGUAUACAAAUGCCGACUGGAUGGGAUCUAAAGAUACUCCUCUCAAUGAUGGUUUUCAUUGGCGCGGCGGUGUCGAAAAAGUUACCACUGGAAUUUCGGUUUGGAGUCAACCUAUUAUUGUGAGGAGAGAAGGCGGACGGGAGAUAGCAGUUCUGUUGUGUGAUUCCCAAGGAACGUUUGGUAACCAGGCCGAUAAAGGAGACGAUAUGAAAGUUUUUACAAUGAGCCUAAUGAUGAGUUCUGUUCUGAUUUACAAUCUGAUGAGUAAAAUACAAACUGACAACUUGGAAUAUUUGAAGCUCUUCAUCAAUUAUACGAAGCGUUGCACGAAAAGCGCAGGAAAGCUAUCACAGAAAUUAUUCUUUCUUGUGAGAGACUGGGUAGCACCUUUUAGUUUCGAGUACGGUGAUGCCGAAGCGAAAAAGUAUCUGGCAACCGUGCUAGAAGGAGAUGAACUCGAUAAAACCUUCAAAGCAAUAUCAUGUUAUCUGAUGCCGGCACCAGGAAAAACAACUCAGGUUUUUCAUGACCGACAGUUUGAUGGAAAGCUAGGAGAUUUGGACAUUGAGUUCCGUGAUCAUCUUUCUCCAUUGGCUGCUUGUUUGUUGGAUCCUCAAAACCUUGUAGCGAAAGUUCAGUCCGGUGAAAUGUUAAUCAAUAUCAUUGUCAAAUCUUGGGAAAAUAUCAAAAAGUUUGAAACCCCAAAUGGAAUUGACGAAUUAUACCAGGAUCAUCAUUGCUUGGAGGAAAUUUUCAAAACUAUGAAGUCAUACCAACAAGACGAAGCAAAAAUUUUGGGUGACAAAUCUGUAAAUGCGAAAACGACAGAAAAGCAAUUGUCAAAAGCAAGAAACCGGGCUUUACUUCAAUUCGAAAAAAACUGUGCAGAUUGCAGCAACAAGAACAUAGUUAAUAAGGCAAAGAACAUUCUUCAUGAACAACUCAAAGGCGCGAGGACACAAUACCUGCUUCAAAAAGAACUUAUAGAACUUGACAAGAAGAAGAAAACGCAGUCAACAUUUCAGAAUAUCAAGGAAGAAUAUUUAUUCAGAAUGGAAAACCAAAAAGCACUCCUCGGACGGGACGAUGGAUCUGCGCAUCACGACGUUAAAAAAGAAAUGGAAGAAAAUUUUUUGCCAACCCCUGACAACGAAGAUUUUAAGUCAAUCAAGGCCGAUUUGGACUUUCUUUUCAAACGAAUGGACUAUGAUUGUUCCUUUAAACAGCUUCAACAUACUAUUGAAGUGAAUAAUGCAGUAAUAAAGGCCGCAAAGCAUUAUGAAGAAUAUUUAAGGAGAAAGUAGGCGCUAUCACAACGAAAACGAAUUGAAAAUUUUCCAUGACCAGUCAAUCGAAGAAUCUGAUAAAGUAUUGUACGCAGAACUGCCAGAAGCAACUAUUGAUCAAUCACAAAGACAACGGGACAAACUCAUACAAAUGAUAAAAACAUAUAUCAUUUACUACAAUACUAUGAAU